GAACUGAUUCGUUGAAAGAAUCGAUUCAUUAGGCCAAUUCGUUUAAUUAAUCAUAUAUGUCAUGUUCCACUACUUUCGUAAACGAGUGUUAGCAAAGCUACUACAAGUUUUUCACUUUGUCACGACGGAAUUUACUGAAAGUCUUCGGAAAUCAUGGCUUCAUCUGCCUGGGCUCCAGAGACAUUUGCUUGUCCCAUAUGCUUGGAAACAUUGAAAGAUCCUGCAACACUUCCCUGCGGACACAGCUACUGUCUCUUGUGUGUCCAGAGGCAUUGGGAUCAGACAGCAUCUGCAGGCUUUUACGAGUGUCCUCAGUGCCGACAGCGGUUCGACCCAAGACCUGUUCUGGCCAGAAGCAACGUUCUUAUGGAGGCUAUGGAGAAACUGAGACUGGGUGGGCAUGAGAGUCCAGACACUUCUUUGAGUCAGUCGAUCACUUCGUUGUCUCAGCUGCCCUCCUCUGACGCAUCUCAGGCUGCGCUGUAUCCCACUCUACCCUCCAGCUCACCCCGCUUGUGUCCACUGCAUCAGCAGCUGUUGGAACUGUACUGCUGUGACGAGAAAAAAGAUAUUUGUGAUGAGUGUAGCCUUCAUGAACACAAAGGUCAUCAGGUGGUCCGAGCAGGUGAAGACAGAGAAAGGGUUCAGCAAGAGUUGAAUGCUAAGAUACAGAAGAGCAUUGCAGACAGAGAGAGGAUCAUUCAGAGCCUUCUUCAAGUUUCCCAGACACACAAGAGCACCAUUCAGAAGUUGAUGAUGGACAGUCAGACGUUCUUCACCGAUGUCUUGAAAAGCAUUGAGCUCAGCUGCGCUCAGGUGCUUGAACUCCUUCAGGCCCAUGAGAAUUCUUCUUCUUGCCGCAUAGAUGCCCAAAGCUACAGACUACAGCAAGAGAUCACCCAACUGCAAAUCAAACAAGAAGAGCUGCGGAGGCUGGAAGCCAUUCACGAUCCUGCUAGCUUCUUCAAUUCAAUCGCGGCCAUGGAUUCUUCAGCGCAGACCGACAGCAGCACGAUGAAGAUCUGGACUCCAGAGCCGGUGAUAUCUGGGGUCAGAUCAGCUCUAGAGGUUUACAGACAGAGACUUGAUGAUCUCACCAAAACUAGCCUUGCCAGUAUCUUUCGAGUUGUGAAUGAUGUGGCUGCUCUGGCGCAAACAGCAACUGAUGGAGAUGUCAUUACCAGCAACUCACAACAGUCUUUACAAAACACAGAAAUAAAGUCUGACUCUACAAGACCGAAAGUCAGACUUUCUUCUACUCAGCAUUCAAAAGUACAACACAAGAAGCAGAACUGUUCCUCUGCAAACGAAGUGGAAGGAUCAGCUGUCUGUUGUGUGUUGAAUCCAGCACCCAAAACCAGAGAGGAAAUGCUUAAAUUCCGCAUUGAGCCUAAACUUGAUCCCAACAGUGCUUACCGUCAAAUCCGUCUGUCUGAUGCAAGUCGCAAGGCGACUCUCUGUGCCGAGAACCAGAAUUACCCAGAGAAGCCGGAGCGCUUCAUGUUCUGGAGGCAGGUGAUGUGUGUUGAGCCGUUGGCUGGAAGCCCCUACUACUGGGAAGUGGAGUGGACCGGGCAGAGGGUGACUGUUGGUGUCGCGUACAGAGACAUGGCGCGUUCUGCAGCUAAUGACAGUGCUCGAUUGGGACACAAUACGCAGUCAUGGAGCCUGUACUGGUCCGGUAAAGCUUUCUUUAUGUGGCAUGCCGGUAAAGAAACUGCACUGACAGGACCCAAAGCCAGACGCAUCGGGGUUUACGUGGACCAGCAGGAAGGUUUACUGGCGUUCUACAGAGUCUCCCAUAAUCAGGCUCAGGAAAUAUGUUGUGUUCACACACAUUUCGAGGGACCUCUUUUCCCCAGUUUCCGCUUCUGGUCUGGAGUUGGCUCUACCAUCACCAUCUGUGAGCUUGAAUAGUGAUAUCAAAGUGAAGAUUAUCUCUGGAGAACUUCAGCAGACUGAGGAAAUGAUGGAGAAAAUAUGUCAGUGUAAGCACGUGCACAGCUACAGUUAAUAAUGUCAAAGAUAAAGGUCUUUCUGUUUCUGUCUCUACCAAUACCAACAAUAGCUACUCUUUGACAGUAAUGUAUAAUAAAUACUACCUUGAAGCACAUUCUGUGAAUUAUUUGUAAACCUUGACCUAGUGUAAUUAUGCUGCCACUAUUUCUCAUUUGUCUGCUACUGAAAAUUAGCUAUGUAUUUUGACUAAAAGGAUUUAUUUUGUACACAUGAGAAAAUUGAAAGCUGAAAGAUUGAAUUCUCUCAAGGAAAGUGUGAAACAAUAUGCAUUAUGUAAAGACAAAAAUAAAUAUUAUAAAAAAGUA